AUGGAAGGAAGAAGAGCUAAUAGAUCACACACUGAUGCAAACAUAGAAGAAGAAGAAGAAGAAGAAGAAGAAAAGCAGAAGAUCGAUGCAUUCUACUAUCUGAUCAGAAAUGCUAAAGAUGCCCGCGAUCGGUUACACUUGAGUGAUGGUGUGAACAAACCAAACCAACCAAAGGAAGAGGGAAAGGAGAAAGGGAAAGGAGUGGAAUCAACUUGGAUCCCUGAGUUCAAGUUGGAAGAUUUUGCAGACUAUCUGCAUCCCAAAGGCAGCACUUCCACAAUGCUCCCUUCUUCGAAGAAUGAAGAACGGCACGAAGGAGAUAAGAAGCAAGAAGAAGAACUAGAUCUCAACCUUUCACUAUGA